AUGCAGGGAACAGGCUGGCCUGUUGAAGGUAGCAAAACAAAUCUUUGUGAUGGGCUAGCCUCCGAGAAAGGGAUAGUUGGUCUCUCUUUGGGCCGAGAAACUCAGGAAAAUGGGCCAAGGCAUGGAGGCAAGUGGGCUGACUAUGGUUUCGGGGGUGGGCCGAAGAAGGACGAGCCUAACCUGUGUCAAGGAGAUGAUGCGAAGCUUCAUAAAAAAGGGUUUGGGCUUCAAUUGGGUUGUCUAGUUGAAUCUCUUUUAUAUGGUGUGGGCUUGAAUGAGAAGGGAGAUGCAUUUGUGGGCUUAGAUGGUGGAUUCUCAAGAAAGCAUGGGCCAUUAGCAAUUGAAGAAGCCACUAAGCAAUCUGAUAGGCUAUCCCCAAGGAAGAUAAACUCUAGUCCAGAGUUUUGA